GCCGUUUCGGCGCCAAACGACGACGGGAGCUCAACAACAUCCACCAUUUUAUGACGAUAGCGACAUACAGCGGGAGAGCUACAUGUAAUAUUCAGUGCUAUACUUUGCUAAAACUAGCAAACAACUUUUUUUUGUGAGAGCAAACGAUUGUGACAAUGUUUAGGAAUAAGUCCGCCUGGUUUUCAAGCAGUGUGCCAAAGCCACGUCACAACUUUUGGAUUCAGGAGGGUGGGACUGUUGCUGGUUGGAGGACGGCAGAUUAUCUGUUCAGUGAGGAUGCUACAUGUCCAGAUACUCUGAGGAUAUUUGAGAGCAGAGAUUACCUCUGGAACAAGCUGACAGUUUUUCACAGCUUGUUUCUGUCCGCCUGUGAGAAGCGCCACAGUAUAAAGUCUGUGUGUAUUGGUCAUUACGUGCUGCCUCCAGCCUCAGUGCAAGACGAAGUGAGAAACGUGGUAGGGAGGUUGAUUUGGGAGCGUGAAGAUGAGCAGUCAGUAGCACCGGGUUCCAGUAAGUGUUUUAGUAUCCAGACAGAGGACGAGCACAGUGAACCAUGUGACACAGACUCAUCAGAAGCUGUAGCCACUCUGUGUGGUCAUCUGCAGGAUUAUCCAGUCAAUAACAUGCUGACAGGGUAUGUCGGGAUGGACUACCUGCAGAAAUACUCAGGUGAUCUGUGUGAUUUCCGUCCCGGGUGUUUCCGAUGCUCCAGCUGUGAAGCCCACUCAUCAGCAAACACACACUAAGAGAGAAAAGGAUGUGAAGUAGUAGCUGUAGAUAAAAUGCCAGCAGAUGAGUUAUUAUGUCUGCCUUCCUGCACUCGUGUUUGUACUGAAGAUGUAUGUACACUGACAUUAAAUAAGUGACUCAUUUUGAUCUAA